AUGUCUCCCGCAGAGGUUCAUACCAACGCCCACAUUGACCGUAUUGACGAUGAUGCCGCUGUAUUGGCGGCAUUGGGUCAUGAAGAAGAGUUGAACCGCCAAUUUUCCUUUUUCUCCCUGGCAGCAUAUGCUACCAUUACUGCCAAUGCAUGGACAUCCAUCGCGGGAUCACUCAUCACUGCUAUCUACAACGGAGGAGCGCCAGGUCUGCUCUAUGGCUGGGUCGUGGACAAUUUCUUCUACUUCUUCAUCGCCUUGUCUCUGGCGGAGUUGACAUCUUCGAUGCCCACGUCGGCGGGAGUUUACCACUGGUCCGCAGCAUUGGCCGGUCCCAAGUACUCGAAGAUCAUUGGCUUUAUGACUGGAUAUAUGAAUGUUCUCGGCUGGGCAUUGGGACUCGCCUCGCUGUUCGCGGUGACAGGUCUUGAGGUUACUGGUCUGUACGCGCUGUGGCAUCCGGAGUAUGAGAGCAAGACCUGGCAUGUAUUCGUGGUCUUUGUGGCUCUGAACUGGACAUUUGCCGCUUUCAUUCAAUUUGGAAACAGGUUUUUGCCACUGUACAACAAGAUUGGGCUCUUUUUCAACAUCUGUGCAUGGCUCGUGGUCAUCAUCUGCCUUGCCUCGAUCCCUCCGACGCAUUCCACCAGUUCCUUCGUAUGGACAGACUACAGCAAUCUGACGGGAUGGCCAAACGGAAUGAGCUUUAUCCUUGGUCUUGUGGCUCCAGCCUUUGCUAUAGGUACUAUUGACAGCACCACACACAUGGCAGAAGAAAUCCCACACCCAUCGCGAAAUGUGCCCCGAGCCAUGUUUGUGCAGUGGCUCGGAAGCUUUCUUCUAGGCUUCCUUUUCCUGAUUGCGCUGUUCUACGUCGCCGGCUCGCUCGACACUAUUCUGGCUGCGAAUCCCACAUUUCCAGUCGCCAGCAUUAUGGACUCAGCAUUUGAGAACAAGAACGCUGCGUUUGCUUGCGGUCUCAUCAUUUUCCUUGCCUCGCUGCCAUGCUCGAUCGGCGCUCAGAUCACAACUGUCCGUUGCACUUGGUCGUUUGCUCGUGACGGUGCUUUGCCCUUCUCGAGCUACUUUGCUAAAAUUGAUGAGAAGAACGUUAUGCCGGCGAGGGCCAACAUCUUGAUUGCCUCCAUCUCAACGGCGUUGGGAGCCAUCUACGUUGGUUCAACCAUUGCAUUCAAUGCAUUAGUUGCCUCGUAUGCAGUCAUGUCAACCACAUCUUACGGCAUCGCUAUUGGUGUGAAUCUGCUCACUGGCCGCAAGCGGACUAUUCCAGGCUGGUUCCAUAUGGGUCAUGGUCCUUUGGGUUUCAUCGUGAAUUCGAUCGCUAUGAUCUACAUUGUGGUGUCCAACGUCUUCUUCUGUCUGCCUUACUUCAGGCCACCAGUCACUGCUGCGACGAUGAACUACACUUCACUCGUGUCCUACGGCCUUGCUUUGUUGGUCGUUCUCUGGUGGUUUGUUGGAGGUAAGAAGUCGUACAGAGGGCCGAAACUGUCAUCACAGACCUUGGAGGCGUUGGAAGGAGUUCGGCUGGACACUGCAUCUGCGGUAGAACCCAAGAACGGUGACAGUGCAAAGCACUGA